AUGCACGCGGACAACCCUCGCCUGCGUCACGUUGACCUGGCGAGGUGGUGCUAUUCCCAGUACGGCCUUCGCCCGGACCGCUCCACUGUCGGGCGCAUUUUGAAAAGCGCCGAGCGCUGGGCUGUCGUGGCGACCGGCGACAACCAAGUCCGUCGGCGGGGAGGCGCAUGGCCUGAGCUGGAGCAGGCCAUGGCGCGGUGGAUCGCAAACGCCGGGCCCGCUGGCGUGCCGCUGACGCUGCAAACCAUCCGCGACCAUGUCGCGACCAUGGCGCGGAACAUGGGCAUUCCGCCCACAUUUCGUUGCUCCAUCGGCUGGGUGCGCCGUGCGUUGAGGCGCCAGGGGGUGAGGUGCCGCGGAACAGCCGGCGAGGCGGCCAGCGCGGACAUGGCCGCUGUGCGCGACGCCCGGGAGAAGCUCCCGCAACUGCUUAUGCACCUGGGGGUCAGUCCACACGACACGUUCAACCUGGACGAAACCGCCCUCUGGUUGUCCGUGCUCCCGCGGCGGACGUACAGCAAUGGCCGUAUUCCUGGGCGCAAGGUGUCGAAGGAACGCCUCACCGUGGCGUUCCUCGUCAAUGCAGACGGAAGCCACGCGUUCCGCCCGCUUGUCAUCAGCAAGGCGAGGCGCCCGCACGAUUUCCGCCCGGACUAUGAUCCCGAGGCCCUCUGCUACUGGCGUCACAACGCCAAAGGGUGGAUGACGUCACCGCUGUUCACUCACUUCAUCUCGCAGCUCAACGCUACCAUGUAUGCGGAGGGACGCCGCAUCGUCGUUUUACUCGACAACGCGAGCUCGCACAUGCUGCGGAGCGAGCACUCGUGGAGCGAGAUCGUUUGCGGCAUGAGGACGACUUGCAUGAGCCACGCCCGUCUCGUCUUCCUGCCGCCGAACACCACUGCCUUCACCCAGCCCCUUGACCAGGGCAUCAUUGCCACCGCCAAGGACCGCUACCGCCAGCACUGGUUGCGGGCCUUCACGGCUUUGUGGAACGCGGACGGCGCGAUAAGCGCUGUCGCGCGGUUCCGCCCGAACCUGCGCGACGUGUUGGGGUGGCUGUCGGACGCGUGGACGCGUCGGUGCGCGCACCAUCCAGCGGUGCUGGUGGUGCACGGGAUGUCUGCCGCUGUCGUGCUCGAUGACGACAUAGACGACGUCAGCACGCUCAUUAGUGGGCUCGGGCUCGGGCAUGGCGCGAUGACCGCGGCCGAUUACGUCGCCAUCGACGACGGUGAGCCGACGUGCGCCGAGCACGUGGCGGACCAGACGACUCAGGAGCCGGAAGCGGGCCUGGUGGUGGAGCUUUGGGAGGCGCCGACCACCAUGCAGGCCGUAUACGACGAUGCCGACCCCGUGGGCCGUGAGGCGCGGCGCACCGCCCGGGCGGCCUGCGAGAUGCUCAUCGGCUAUGCUCGCGCCACAUGCAUCACGCCGCGCGACCUCUGCCACCUAUUCGACAUCCGCAACCCGAUUAUUAUCGCGCGGAUGGAGCGGGCAAGCCCGGCCUUUAAUCUCAACGUGGCCCCUCCGGCCGUGCCCACCCCGGCCGCAACCCCCACGCCCGACACCCCGCGUCCGCGCGGCCGAGUGCUGCCCGGCUGGAUGACCCAGCCGUCCCGCCGCCAGCAGCUGCUGGACGCCGGUGUUGGCGCCGUGAUGGACGGGUAUGUUGACGCUGCGGAAUGGAUGCGCCUGUGA